CAACACGACAGACAAGGCGGGCAAUAGGAAGGUACUGCUCUGCUGCAGCUCGGUGUGUACUCUGCAGCUGUGCACUUGCUGCUGCUGUGUGCUACUGCAGCCCUUGGGUGAGAUGGACGCAUCUGCGGAAACUGCAGCCCUUAGGCGGCAGCUGGAGAAGGCAGUGUCCACCGAGGACGUGGAGCGCAUCGGCGACGUGCUAAGCUCGCUCGGAAAGGUGGAAGUGACUCUGGCCGUUCUCCAAGAGAGCAAGGUCGGAGCGACGGUUUCAAAGCUCAAGAAACACGCCGACGAAGAGGUUUCCAAAUCUGCGAAGGCUUUGGUCAAGAAGUGGAAGAGGGUAGCCGAAGCGUCGGGGGUGCAGGGUGCUCCUGCCGCGGCCGCCGGCGCUGCUGGGAAGACGGGAAGGUUGCCCCCGGGUUCGGCGGGAAAAGGGGCAUCAAAGCAGGAGGUCCCUACUCCCUCCGGGGGCGGCGGCGCAGGUCCUAGCUCUGGUACGAACAAAGCGGUGGCGGCGGGGAGCGCGACAGCGGCCACAUCCCCUCUCAAAGGCGCUGUUGGCAAGACUGCAACAAGUUCAACCUCGGAGGCGGUCCCCCUGUCCAGGCAACUCUCCGGCUCCUCCACCUCGGAGCUGUGCACGACCUUAGAAGUGGACAGCAUACUGUCAGACGACGACCCGGCGCCAUUGCGGUUAAAAAUGAGGCGGAAGAUGUUCGACAUCCUGCUCCUGGGCUCAUCGGAGGACGAGCGGAUACCGACUGCGCGCGUGGCGAAGGGCGUGGAGUGCGCCAUGAACGAAAACGACCCGUACUUGUCGAAAAAGGCGACCUAUCUCGACAAGGCCAGGCAGCUGGUAUUUAACCUCAAGAAGAACGACCAGCUAAGGCAAGACGUACAAGAGGGUCUGGUGGAACCGCAGCGAUUGGUGGUGAUGACUUCGACGGAGCUCAUGGCCAAGGAUAAGAGGGAGGCAAUGGAUAAGGCCGUCAGCGAAAGGACGGAGGCUCGAAUGUUGGACUGGUACGACAAGAACCAAGACAAGAUCAACAAGCAGUGCGGCAUCAAGGAGACCGAGGGCAUGUUCGAGUGCGGCCGGUGCAAGUCGACCAAGACGACCUACACGCAGAAGCAGACGAGGUCUGCCGAUGAACCGAUGACGACGUUCGUGACGUGCAGCAACUGCAAGAACAGAUGGAAGUUCUGCUGACGCGGCGGUCGUGAUGUUUCGCGGGGGGCGUGUUGUCAUGUCCGAUAGGGUUUCUAUGUAGCAGGCGUUCGUGCAGCCGACAUGUUGGUGACUGGCGGCGCAACACCCCGAUGUAAAGAUUUGCUUGCGCUACGACUGCAUCUUUACAGUCCGAUGUUGGACGUGUUUUUGUCUCCGACAGACUUCGAUGUUUGGUAUCAUGCCCACUAUGUUCCAAGUUCCAACGGCACACGCGAGGUCUUGGCGGUAGCCGUGUCAAAUGGUCCGCCACAUUCGACUCUUGAUGACCAUCGUCCGAUAAAAAGGGAGCAGGUGAUUGAGCGACUAGAUGCGCCGCAGCUGCUCUCUGGAUUGAUGAUUAGGUCAACAGACCUUGCCGUUGAGGAGCAAGUAUGUCGUGUGCUGCCAGUGUUUGGUGACGCAUGAUGCGGUUGUCGAUAUGUGUUGGUGGUAAGCGUAGCAUGGUCUGUUGUAGGCAUAUCACAUUCGGAGUGUCCAUGCUUGGCCACGCCGUUAGUUGUAACAGAACAACAAUGACAAAAAAAGCACAGC